AUGCACUUCACCGCCAAGAUCUCCGUCGCCCUGCUGGCUGCUCUCGCUGCCGGCUCCGAGGCCAACAGCCAUGUGCGUCGCAACCUGCACCACCGUGCCCUGAACCAGCCCGGCUCCGUCUCGGCCGUCACCGUCUUCCCGACUCCCCCGGCUGCUGCUCCCACCGAGACCAGCGCUGCCCCGGAGCAGCCCACCGCGGCUGAGACUCCCAGCGCCCCCGCGGUCGAGACUCCUUCCGCUGCUGAGACCGCCGUCUCUCAGUCGACUUCCGUUGCUGCCGAGACCUCCGUGGCCGGUGAGACGUCCGCCGCCGCUGCUGAGACCUCGUCCUCCGCCAUCCCCCCUCCCCCCCCCGCGGUGCCCACCUCGUCCGCCGUUGCCAUCCCCGGCACUUCCACCGCGGUCAUCUCUUCCGCUUCCUCGAGCUCCGCCAGCUCCUCCCACAUCGUGGUGCCCUACCCUUCGUCCUCGAAGGUCCCCUCCGGCGCUGAUAGCCAGGGCUCUUCCACCAUCACCGCUGCUCCCGUCCCUCUGAGCACCGGUUCCACCGGCUCCAGCGCCAGCGAUAUCUUCUCCGGAUCCGAGGAUGUGACUCUGACCUACACCCUGGGCACUGGCGUCUCCAAGUCCAUCGUCACCACCACCAUCCACAAGACCGCUACCAACUGGAACACCGUCUACGCCAGUGCUAGCAACGCUGGUUCUUCCGGCUCUGGCUCUGGCUCCGACUCCGGCAACGGCUCUGGAAGCGGCUCCGACAAGGUCACCACUCUCUCCUCCACCUCUACUUCGACUGUCACCGUUGUUGCCGUUCCCUCUUCGACCGGUUCUAUCGGCCAAGAGCACAACGUCGACACCGGCAAGAACGGCAAGGGCAGCGGCAAUGGCAGCGGCUCGGACGGACAGUGCAGUGGCCCUGCUACCGUUACCGUUACUGCCCACGACACCGUCACUGUGACUGCCGCCCCUGCUGCUACCAACAAGCCCGGUGAGAACCUCAUCAUCGAUGAGGACACCACUUCCAGCGCUGCGCCCUCGAACACUGGCAACGGUGCCGAUGAUGAGGCUACUGCCACUGGCAUCCCCGCCCCCAGCGGACCUCCCUACGGCAACGGCAGCUUCCCCAUCCACACCCCCAGCAGCAGCGCUAUCCCUACUCCCAGCAGCAGCGCCGUCCCCUCGCCCUCCGGCUUCCUGACGAGCAGCAAGGCGGCCUUCCCCACCGGCUUCCGCCGCCGUCACCUCUAA